GGCUCGCGAUGGCGCGAUUCUUGGACCAGUGCACAACGACGGAAGUGCGGGCGGUACUCGUGGCCGAGAAGCUCAAGACGCUCGUCGGCGGACUACAGUUUGUGAGCAAGGCUGGCAAAGAAAUCAGCAUCGAGUGCUAUACCGACACCCUUGUGCUUCGUGCGUUGAAUGACUCGCAUUCCGCGUCGGCCGAGAUCACAUUUACCAGGUUGUUUUUCACCGAGUACACGCUUCCGCCCGAUUUACGACGAUGUGAAUUGUCUACCAUGGACCCUUCGCUUCCACUUGUCAAGUGCACAACGUUGGCGAGCACGCUCCUUGGCAUUUUUAAGUCGACAAAGAACGUGAUUUCCGUAGACAUUGCACUCGAACUCGAGGGACAUCCGUCGAACGACGAUCACUUCGACGCGAACGUGAUUGUGUUCCAGCUGCAUUGCGAUCGUAUGAUCACCAAGACCCACCGCAUCCGACUCACAGAAAGCCAAACGAUGCGUCCAGUGUUUAACAAGGCGAGUUCCCCGUCUCGCAUCAAGCUCCGACCAUUUCACUUGGCGACUCUACUGCAGCAUAUUUACGGAACCGAUGAAGUAUGCAUGUCGUGCUCGCCGACACAAGUCAAGUUCGAAAGCUAUUUUACAAACCCGUUGGAUGUUAAGAACCAUGUGCACACGGAGACCGCGGUGGACAACUCGGAGUUCAUCUCGUGUACGAUCCAGGAUUUCGUCGACCACAACAAUGGCUGCGAUAGUGAAGUCAUUCAGCUGAUCUUUUGCUUGAAAGAGAUCAAGGCGUUGCUGGCGUUUUGCGUCGCCAGUGCACUGCCAGAGCUGAAUUUGUAUUUCAGUCGCGGGGGCAGGUAUCGUACGUGUGCCACAAUUGACUGAGGACAUGAUGAUGCCGUCGACGGUAGUCCUAUCCUCUUGGCCACGGAAUCGCUCGAGACUGGGUCAAAUUUUACAACUGAAAUCGUGCUCUCCACCGUCACGACGUUUCUGACAGGCCCGUCACAAGCCACCAACUCACAAGAAGCGGAAUACUCGCAACAAAAGCGGCAGCGGCUCGACGAUUGAGGAUUCAACCACGCCAGUGGUAUGUGGCUGGAAGGUGAUGUCGUUGAAAGCACUUGCAUCCAGCGGCCGUGCAAAGAAUCCACUGCAUCGAUCGAUCGAUGCCGAUUUCGUUUGGAAGAUGGCAGAGCUUGUGGAACCGGGAUAGACUCUUUUUCAUGUAAGCCAAAUAAUCUACUGGUGUACUUGAUUGC